AUGCAGGCAAUACGACUGCAGAAGAAAUUCCCUGACGUCUCCCAGGAGGAGAUGUUUGACCUUAUUAACCGAUUCAAUGCAAUCCCAACAGAAACACCAGGACGUGUGGACAAGGCUACAGUCAUCACGACUCUCCAGCACAACGGUGAAUCGUAUGAUCGGGUAAGAGAAACGCUCAAGGACGUCAGCGUCGACGCGAGCGGCAAAGUCGAGCUGGAAGAUUGGGUCGAGCUGAAUGCAAAACUCAAGAAGCAUACAUCUGUGUUACCAACAAGAGGCGGAAAGGUCACAGUGAAAGGCUCAAAUGCGAAUGCCAGCCAUACCAUUAACGAGGAUGAACGAAGAGAAUUCACGCAUCACAUUAACAGUGUCCUUGAGGGUGAUCCGGACAUUGGUUCACGUCUGCCUAUCCCCACAGACACUAUGCAGAUCUUCGAUGAAUGCCGAGAUGGUCUCAUUCUUUGCAAACUCAUCAACGACUCUGUCCCGGACACCAUCGAUUCGCGUGUGCUCAACAAGGGUACAGAGCGCAAAUCUCUAAACGCAUUCCAGAUUACCGAAAAUAACAAUAUCGUUAUUACAUCCGCAAAGGGUAUCGGAUGCUCAGUCGUCAAUAUCGGGUCUACGGACAUUUCGGAAGGACGAGAGCAUCUCAUUCUCGGUCUCAUCUGGCAGAUCAUCCGCAAAGGACUUCUCGCGAAUGUCGAUAUCAAGCUUCAUCCGGAGCUGUACCGGCUCUGUGAAGAUGGCGAGACGAUUGAGGACCUACUGAAGCUGACACCAGACCAGAUCCUUCUUCGCUGGUUCAACUACCAUCUGAAGCAGGCUGGUUGGCACAGACGUGUUAACAACUUUAGCAGGGACGUAUCCGACGGAGAGAACUAUACGGUCCUGCUCAACCAGUUAAAACCCGAAGAAUGCUCUCGUGCACCACUUCAGACUCCUGACUUGAAGGAACGAGCCGAGCAGGUGCUACAGAAUGCUGAUCGCAUUGGCUGCCGCAAAUAUCUCACGCCAUCGUCGCUUGUAGCGGGAAACCCACGUCUUAACCUUGCGUUUACCGCCAAUCUCUUCAACACUUGGCCAGGUCUCGAGCCACUCGAUGAGGCCGAAGCCAAAGAUUACGGCGUUGUCGAAGACUUCGAUGCCGAAGGCGAGCGCGAAGCGCGCGUUUUCACACUCUGGCUUAACUCACUUGGCGUUGAACCGGCCGUGCACAACCUAUUCGAGAAUCUUAAGGAUGGACUUGUUAUUUUACAAGCAUUUGACAAGGUGCUUCCCGGAAGUGUUAUCUGGCGGCGUGUUAGUAAGCCGACUGGAAGUAAGCUGGGUGCCGUGCAGCGCGCAAUGGAUGAUGAGGACGGAGGCGCGGAACUCGAGGACUCUACGCCGAAACUCUCGCGGUUCAAGAGCGUUGAAAACACGAACUAUGCCGUUGAGCUCGGGAAGCAGAACCACAUGCACCUUGUUGGUAUCCAAGGCGCAGAUAUCGUCGAUGGACGGAAGACGCUUGUCCUUGGACUCGUAUGGCAACUUAUGCGCCUCAAUAUCACUCAAACACUUGCAGCAUUGUCCAAGUCUGGCAGGGGUGGUGGGGUUUCAGAUACGGAGAUAUUGAAGUGGGCCAAUGCAACCGCUGCGAAGGGCAACCACGGCACGCGUCCGAUCCGUUCGUUCAAGGACCCGUCGCUCACCACCGGUAUCUUCGUGCUCAACCUCCUUGAGGGCCUUCGUCCUGGAAUCGUUGAUCCGAGCUUGGUUGUCAACGUCAGCGAGACAGGCGAUUAUGAAGAUCGUAGGCAGAACGCGAAACUUGCUAUUUCGAUUGCACGUAAAAUGAAUGCAACUAUUUUCCUUGUACCUGAGGAUAUCGUUGAUGUCCGCGCACGACUUAUCAUGACGUUUGUAGGAAGCCUUAUGAGCCUAGGAGGAAACUAA